AUCAACACUGAUAUUAGAAAAUUUAUAAGAAAUUAACCAAAGACCUAUUCAUUUUUUGUGGAAUAAACUCAUGAAAUUAAUGGGGGCAGAAUAUGACUGAUUUUGAUUCCAUUAUGGUUUCACUAUAACUAAAAUCAAGUAGGGGAAAUGUCUAAACUAAAAAAUUAGACAUGAGAGAGAGUGGUAAAGUGAGAGACUGGGAUUCAGGCAAUGGACACUGUUUGAUUCAUCGAUGGACAGCACUGGGUAGUGAGAUGAUCAGAAAUCAAGAGAGAAGUUGGCAGUGGAGGAUGGUAGAUACAAGGCAACUAAGCAGGAGUAGGAACAGGAAUGACCACAGAGAGUGUGGUCCACUGAGAAGAGGCAAGAAUGGAAGCAGGUUUGGUUUUGUCAGGUUCCUUAAUGUAAGGAAUACUAGGGAGCUUGAGAAACAACUUGAUCAAAUAAGGAUUGAGGGCGGUAAAAUAUGGGUAAAUCUAGCCAAAUACCCAGAGGAGGAAGAUGAAGGGGAGAAAGUAAGGAGAAUCAUUCCAAUGAUGAAAGUUGUUCAAGGGAGUUGCUUACUCAGUGGAGAUUUGUACCCAACCUACAAGAGAAGUUCUACAUGGAAGGGCCUCGAUGAUGAAAGCCGGGGAGCAAAAAUUGAAGUUAACACCAGUGAGGAAGCUUCAAGUAGAGAAACACUUGGGUGUAAAGAGAGAGGAAUUAGGUUGGCUGUCAUUUCAAAUUCAAAGGCAAAUUUUGAAUUUGAAGGAAAGGGUAAUGACGAGGAACGGUCCAAAAAGGGGGAUAGGCUUUCACAUAAUAGGAUGGGUGAUGAAGAGUUUGUUGAUAUGGUAGCAGAUAGUUUUGAAAUGGAUAUGGAAAAGGAUGACGCAAGUGAGAGAGAUGGUAUUGGAAUGUGUGAAUCAGGACUCAAGUCAAAGAUCUUUCCAAAGAAGAAAAUCAAGGGCAGAUCUGGCACGAGACAAGCCAAGGAAGAAGCAAUGCUGGAGUUCUUGCUAAGCACGAGCAACUCAGCAACGGGUGGUUCUGUAGGAGAUAGUGGGGCAGUUGCAAAGGAAGAAGAGUUGGUCAUCGAGAAGCUUGAGGAGAUGGAGACAAGAGACAGAACAGCAAAUGAGACAAAAAGCUUAAAGGGACCGAGCAAGGAACAGAAGGUUAGUGCUGUGGUUAAAUGAAUAUUUUGUCAUAUAAUAUUAGAGGAUUGGGGGAUGUGGGGAAGAAAAGAAUUCUUAGAGAUUUAGUGAAUAAAGAAAGUGUGGAUUU